AUGCAAAACAUAAACGAUGAAAAUUGUAAUAUUGAAGUUGAAGCUAUGCAGAAAAAAGUUUUUACUUUGCUAACAAAUAUAUCUGAACAAGUAAGAGAAUCUUCAAAUGUAAAGGCUUUACAAGAUUGUUGCAGCUAUUUAAAAAAGGCUUCUUUAAUAUUAAAUGUUGAAGCUAAUAAUGUGUCGCUGUCGCUACCCAAUACUGUUAAAUCUGAACCUACAAACAAGAAAAUUGAGAAGCAAUUGCAAUUUUUCUUUACAAAGAAGAAACAAAAACUUAAAAAACUUUUGUCAAAAAGCCUAAAUAUGGAUGAAAAACAAUUCGAAGAGGGAAAAUCCGAUAAAGAGAUCCUGGAUAAUCUUCUUAAAGCAACACGUUAUGACAAGAGACUCUUGCCGCCCGUGAGAGGUAAGUUCAAAAAGAAAAAGCGAUUGUUAGUGGUGCUUGGUAGAGUGUUAGAUUUUAUAGGUGACAUGAAAAGGACUCUUUCGGUGUUGCUCUUAUGUGUUUCGAUUAGAAUAGGUGGAGAAAGCAAAAAAUAUGGAAUCGUGGCGAGAACGAGUGUUUGA